CUUCAAUCAUCUCAUACCUGACCUUCAAGUUACCUUAGUAGCUGGGAAGAACAUUUCCAAUUCUUCAUCCAUCAUCAUCAUCAUUACCUACCUUACUUGUACUGUUGUGACACAUUAACCUCACAACAAUCAUGCCCAGAAAAGAUUCCGUGGCAUCUGGUCUGUUGGGCUACUUUGGCUUUGGAGCCUCCCCUCCACCGGAAGAAGAGCACAAGAACGAUGCCACUCGAGCUCUCCCGGCCAGCUGGUAUCAAUCCAAAGAAAUGUACGAGCUCGAACGACGAGCCAUUUUCUCCCGUAAAUGGCAACUCCUCACGCACCAGAACCGCUUCGUCUCCGCCGGCGAUUUCCUCCGUUUCCCCAUCGCAGGCUUCAACAUUCUUCUCGUCAAAGACCGACAAGGAAAAAUCAAUGGUUUCCACAACGUCUGUCGACAUCGUGCCUUUCCCGUCGUCACCAAAGAUUCCGGGACGGCGAGAAUUUUCUCGUGCAAAUACCACGGAUGGUCGUAUGGAUUGAAUGGGAAAUUGGCCAAAGCUCCGGGUUAUCAAGACUUGGAUGGAUUUCAAAAGGAGAAUAAUGGUUUGCUUCCGAUUCAUGUGCACAUUGACCGCACGGGUUUCGUCUGGGUCAAUCUCGAUGCCAAGGAGACGCCGGAAGUGGCGUGGGAGGAUGACUUUGAAGGCGUCGACACGCAGGAGCGAUACCAGCAGUUCAAUUUUGAAGACUAUGUCUUUGAUCACUUUUGGGAGAUGGAAGGGGAUUACAAUUGGAAAAUUUUGGCCGACAAUUAUAACGAAUGUUAUCACUGUCCUACCACUCAUCCCGACAUCGGCGCUCUGGCAGACUUGUCUUCUUAUUCUGUCAACACUACAAAGGGACAAAUCAUUCAUGAUGCCGCUACGACUGAUGAGCAGCGUCGAGCGGGUUUGAUUGUUGCUGCAAGUUAUUAUUUCCCUAAUGUCUCGACUAAUAUCUCACCCCACUUCUUCAUGAUCCAACGAUUCGUCCCCAGCAGCGCCUCCACCUCCUCCAUGCAAUACCAAGUCUUCCGCAACAAACACUCUUCCACGGCAGAUUUCACGCUCGUCAGCGAAAUCUACAAACGCAUCAUGUCCGAAGACAAAGACCUGUGCGAUCUCGCGCAGAAAAACCUCAAUGCGGGAGUUUUUAUCAAUGGUGAAAUGCAUCCCAAAAUGGAAAAAGGGCCGUUGUUUUUUCAACGGAGUGUUAGAGAGGCUGUUGUGGGGCAUUGGGCGAAAGAGCAGGAGGGGGGCAAGAGGGAGAUUUGGCCGGCGAGACAGGAGUUGCCUGAGGCGGCGAAUUCGAGGGUUGCGAGGGAGGAUAUGGAGUUUUGUGAGGGGUUGAAGUGUAAGCAGGAGAAACAGGAGUUGUUGGCUUGGUGAGAUGUGGGGAGGAUUUUUGAGAGUGAAGGAAGGAUGGGGCUUGAUGGGAAGGUUGCUUUUCUUUUUUUGAACGAUGUUAUGAUAGCGUUUUUCGGUUCUGUUUUUGCUUUUUUUUUUCUUUUAAUGAUGACAGACAGAUACUUGGCAGUCGAGUUGUUUCUUCAAUCAAUUGUAGGGCGUUGCUAGGAUGAUGGGUGGUUGGUAGGGAUAGGGGUAGCUAGAUUUGGAUCAUGACUGCAAUGCAGAGAGAGAGAUAUAAUUGUUCUUUAGGUAGUAGUGAAUGGAAUAUAUUUACCUG